AGCGACUAUUUGAGACGGGAGAGGGCCACACGAUGCCGCGCACCGGGACCAUGCAGAGCUCCAGGCUGCUCAGCGGGGCGCUGCUCUGCGCACUGCUGCUCUCCAGCGUCGCUGAAGCCCAAGUGCUGGACGCCGAGUCCGAAGAGGAGCUGAGCCCCAGAGCUCUGCGGGACUUUUAUCCAAAAGGUCCGAACCUGACCAGCGAGAAGCAGCUGCUUGGCGCUCUCCAGGAAGUUCUUGAAAAGCUGCAGGCUAAGCGGCUGCCUUUAUGGGAAAAGAAAUUUGGCCAAGUCCCAACGUGUGAUGUCGGGGAGCAGUGCGCCGUGAGGAAAGGCGCUCGGAUCGGGAAGAUGUGCGACUGUCCUCGGGGAGCUUUCUGCAACUUUUUCCUGCUGAAGUGCUUAUGAGCCUCGCCGGAUCUGAAUGUAGCGUCCAUAUGGAGAGAGAGAAAAAACUGUCACUCGAUUCCUUUGUAUUUACUGUCAUAUUUUUUAUGAUACAGCCGGGAAGCAGGGGCGGUGACUGCCCAACCCUUCCUAUAAACAAAUACAGUACUUCUAUGAUAAGCAUAUAUUUUAAAGUAUAUUAUAUCACAGAAAAACUAUAAGCUUCUGUCAGGAUGUUAUGCUGAUGGACAAGAAAUGAGAACACCUUAAAGAACAUAAAGUUCCUGUAAAUAGAACCAGUUUAUGUCUGUAAGAAAACCACAGGAUCAUUGUUGUGAUGUAAUAGGAGCUAAGAAAUAACCCACAAUGCACAAUAAAGUCAC